GAAGAGGAAAGGAGAAGAAGAGGAAAGGAGAAGAAGAGGAAAGGAGAAGAAGAGGAAAGGAGAAGAAGAGGAAAGGAGAAGAAGAGGAAAGGAGAAGAAGAGGAAAGGAAAGGAAGGGAAAGGAGAAGAAGAGGAAAGGAAAGGAGAGGAAAGGAAAGGAGAGGAGAAGGAAAGGAAAGGAGAAGGGAAAGGAGAAGGAAAGGAGGAAGGUGAGGGCGGGCCGUGCCGCUACUGAAUAAUUCAGCCGUGGGGACGGGGCGGGGGGAGGCACCGCACGGAGCUCCGGAUCGCGGCUGGCCGCCGGGCACCGCACCGCGCACUUGGCCGCGCAGCGUAGGGAGAGCAGCCGGCAGCGCUCCGCACCCAGCUCCGCACCAUGGCUUUGAUGCUGCAGCUCCGCACCGUCUCCGGCCUCCGCGGCAGAGCCGAUCGCAUCGCCAAAGCGGCUUUCAGAGGGCUCUCCUUCUACACCAGAGUGCUUGAAAACUGUGAGGAUGAGGCCAGGUUUGACGAGGCAUUCCGCUGGCCAGUGGCAAGCAAUAUCGAUGGGAAUGAGAUCUUGGAGAUCCAGGUGUUCAACUACAGCAAAGUCUUCACCAACAGGCUCAUUGGCACUUUCCGGAUGGUCCUACAGCAGGUGGUGGAGGAAGGGCAGGUGGAGGUGACAGACACCCUCAUAGAUGACAACAAUGCAGCUAUUCAGACCAGCAUCUCCAUAGAGAUACGGUACCAUGCUCUGGAUGGAACAGUGGGCACGUGGAAUGACAAGGAGUUCCUGGAGACCCCCAGUGUCCACUCAGAAGGGGAUGGCAGGUAUCCCCUGGAGACAGACAGCCUCCUCUCUGGCCACCGGCAGGGCUCCGACAUCUCUCCAGGCAAAUCCAACCAGCAGUCUGCAGAGAGGAGCUUCAGAAGCCUUGGAGACAAUCCAGAAGAAGAUCAGCACACUAGGACUAAGUUUAAUGAUGGAUACAAGGCAGUAGCAAGUGAAGACCCUGAAGAUGACAGAGCUAAGGGGAAAGAGAAAAGACACCUCAUGAUGCCAUUCAGCUCCAGCAAAGGCAAAGAGAAGACAAAGGAGCACAAAGCUGGAAAAGGAGUUUUUUCAGCCAUGAAGCUGGGCAAGGCUCGUCCAUCUAAGGAUGACCACAGGAAACAAGAUGAACCUGCUGUUUUGGAGACAGAAGACCUGGACCGCAAAGCCAUGAGACACACAGGUGGACUGGAGCCAGACACCAUCUCCUUGGCCUCUGUCACUGCUGUCACCACCAAUGUCUCAAAUAAGAGGUCCAAGCCUGACAUCAAAAUGGAGCCAAGCGCUGGGAGGCCAAUGGAUUACCAGGUCAGCAUCACCAUCAUUGAGGCACGGCAGCUGGUGGGGCUCAACAUGGACCCUGUGGUGUGCGUGGAGGUUGGAGAGGAGAAGAAAUACACAUCCAUGAAGGAAUCUACCAAUUGUCCUUAUUACAACGAGUACUUCGUCUUUGACUUCCACGUGCCCCCAGAUGUCAUGUUUGACAAGAUCAUCAAGCUCUCUGUGAUCCACUCCAAAAACCUCCUGCGCAGUGGGACUUUGGUCGGCUCCUUCAAGAUGGAUGUUGGAACAGUUUAUACCCAGCCUGAGCACCAGUUCUACCACAAAUGGGCCAUCCUUUCUGACCCUGAGGAUCUCACUGCUGGGCUGAAAGGUUACCUCAAGUGUGACAUCGCUGUGGUAGGGAAAGGGGACAACAUCAAGACGCCACACAAAGCCAAUGAGACAGAGGAGGAUGAUAUUGAAGGGAACCUCCUCCUGCCAGAUGGGGUCCCUGCAGAGAGGCAAUGGGCUCGCUUCUACAUCAAGAUCUAUCGAGCAGAAGGACUUCCCCGUAUGAACACCAGCAUCAUGGCCAAUGUGAAGAAGGCUCUCAUUGGGGAGAACAAGGACUUGGUAGACCCCUAUGUGCAGGUGGUCUUUGCAGGCCAGAAGGGGAAGACUUCUGUGCAAAAGAGCAGCUAUGAGCCUCUCUGGAACGAGCAGAUAGUCUUCACAGAGAUGUUCCCACCACUCUGCAAGAGGAUCAAGAUCCAGAUCCGAGACUCGGACAAGGUCAACGAUGUGGCCAUCGGGACCCACUUCAUCGAUCUGCGCAAGAUCUCCAACGAAGGAGACAAAGGCUUCCUGCCCACCUUUGGCCCCGCAUGGGUGAACAUGUAUGGUUCCACCAGGAACUACACCCUGAUGGAUGAGCACCAGGAGCUGAAUGAAGGGCUGGGUGAAGGGGUCUCCUUCCGGGCCAGGCUUCUGAUGGGUCUUGCUGUGGAGAUCUUGGAUACCACCAACCCAGAGAUCAAUGGCUCCACCGAGGUGCAAGUUGAGCAGGCCACAUCAGUUGCUGAUACCUGCACAGGGAAGAUGGAGGAGUUCUUUCUCUUUGGAGCCUUCCUGGAAGCCACCAUGAUCGACAGGAAGAUUGGGGACAAAGCCAUCAACUUUGAAGUCACAAUAGGUAACUAUGGGAACCAGAUCGAUGGCAUGACCAAACCCAUGCUAAGAAGGAAGAAAGAAGGAGGGGAUGGGGAUGAGGAGGAGUCUGAGCUGCUCCAGAACUCAAGUGAGGAUGAGGGCGAUGAGAGUGGAGAGCUGGUUUCUGUUUCUUCAACUCAGCCCAUGAAGCCCCUGGUCACAGACAGGAACUACUUCCACCUGCCAUACUUUGAGAAGAAGCCCUGCAUCUAUAUCAAGAGCUGGUGGCAGGACCAGCGCCGCAGGCUGUACAAUGCCAACAUCAUGGACAAGAUUGCAGACAAGCUGGAGGAAGGUCUCAACGAUGUGCAGGAAAUGAUCAAGACAGAGAAGCCACACCCAGAGCGACGGCUCCGAGGGGUCUUGGAGGAGCUGAGCAGUGGAUGCUUGCGCUUCGUGACGCUGGCUGACAAGGACCAGCAUCACUCCUCCCGCACAAGGCUGGACAGGGAGAGGCUCAAGUCCUGCAUGAGGGAGCUGGAGAACAUGGGGCAGCAAGCCACAACUCUGAGGUCACAGGUGAAGAAGAACACCAUGAAGGACAAGCUGAAGCUGGUGCAAAACUUCCUGCAGAAGCUCCGGUUCCUGGCAGACGAGCCCCAGCACACCAUUCCUGACGUCUUCAUCUGGAUGAUGAGCAACAACAAGCGCAUUGCCUAUGCCCGAAUCCCUUCCAAGGACAUCCUCUACUCCAUUGUGGAUGAGGAGAUGGGCAAGGACUGCGCCAAAGUGAAGACCAUCUUUCUCAAGCUACCUGGGAAGAGAGGCUUUGGACCUGCUGGCUGGACCGUUCAGGCCAAGAUGGAGAUGUACUUGUGGCUGGGCCUCAAUAAACAGCGUAAAGACUUCUUGAGUGGCCUGCCCUGUGGCUUUGAGGAGAAGAAGACUGCCAGAGGCCAAAACCUGCCAUCCUUCCCACCCAUCAGCCUCCUUUACACCAAAAAACAAGUUUUCCAGCUACGAGCCCACAUGUACCAGGCCAGGAGUUUAUUUGCAGCUGACAGUAGUGGCCUCUCAGACCCCUUUGCAAGAGUCUUCUUCAUCUCCCAGAGCCAGUGCACUGAGGUUCUCAACGAGACCCUUUGCCCAACCUGGGACCAGCUGCUGGUCUUUGACAACGUAGAGCUAUAUGGAGAAGUGCAUGAGAUGAGAGAUGACCCUCCCAUCAUUGUCAUUGAGAUCUACGACCAGGACACAGUGGGCAAAGCUGACUUCAUGGGCCGCACUUUUGCCAAGCCAGUGGUGAAGAUGUCAGAUGAACACUACAGCCCCCCGCGCUUCCCCCCGCAGCUGGAGUACUACCAGAUCUACCGGGGCAACUCCACGGCAGGAGACCUGCUGGCUGCCUUCGAGCUGCUCCAGAUUGGUCCUGGGGGCAAGUCAGACCUGCCCCCAAUCGAUGGCCCCACAGACGUGGACCGGGGCCCCAUCCUGCCGGUGCCGCUGGGGAUUCGGCCAGUGCUGAGUAAAUACAGAGUGGAGAUCUUGUUUUGGGGGCUGAGAGAUCUGAAGAGAGUGAACCUGGCCCAGGUGGACCGGCCCCGUGUGGACAUUGAGUGUGCUGGCAGGGGAGUUCAGUCAGCACUCAUCCAGAACUACAAGAAGAACCCCAACUUCAGCACUUUGGUCAAGUGGUUUGAAGUGGACCUCCCAGAGAAUGAGCUGCUCCAUCCACCUCUCAACAUCAGGGUGGUGGACUGCAGGGCUUUUGGGCGUUACACCCUGGUGGGGUCCCACGCCGUCAGCUCCCUCCGCAAGUUCAUCUACCGCCCACCGGACAAGAAAGCCCAGCACUGGAACAUGACAGCUAAGCACCUCAAUGGCUAUCUGACAAUGGCCAACAAGGCCCACUGCUCUCUCCCUGCAGGGGAGAUUGUUGUCAAUAUGGAACCUGAGAUUCCUAUCAAGAAGCUGGAGACAAUGGUGAAGCUGGAAGCUAACUCUGAUGCAGUAGUGAAGGUGGAUGUGACUGAGGAAGAGAAGGAGAAAAAGAAGAAGAAGAAGAAAGGAGGAGGAGGAGGAGGAGAGGAAGCAGAAGAAGGAGAGCCAGAUGAGAGCAUGCUGGACUGGUGGUCCAAGUAUUUUGCUUCAAUCGAGACAAUGAAGGAGCAACUCCGGCAGCAGGAAGCAGCUGCAGCAGAAGCAGAGGAGAAAGAAGACAUGGAGAUUGCAGAGGGUUCCAAGGGUCAGGUGAAGAACAAGGAGAAGUCCAAGGCACCCAAAGAUGACAAGAAAAAGAAGCAACAGCCUGCCCCUGAGCUUCCUGAGAAGAAGAGCAAGCAGAAGAUUGAUGAACUGAAGGUCUUCAACAAAGAGCUGGAAACAGAGUUUGAUAACUUUGAGGACUGGCUGCACACCUUCAACCUGCUGCGUGGGAAGAUUGGGGACAACGAUGACAACGCCACUGAAGAGGAGAGGAUAGUGGGGAGGUUCAAAGGCUCCAUUUGUGUCUACAAAGUGCCACUCCCUGAUGACAUCACUAAGGAAGCAGGAUAUGACCCCAGCUUUGGCAUGUUCCAGGGGAUCCCCAGCAAUGACCCCAUCAACGUGCUGGUCAGAGUGUACAUCGUGAGGGCCACAGACCUUCACCCAGCUGACAUCAAUGGGAAAGCUGACCCUUACAUUGCCAUCAAGCUCGGGAAGACAGACAUCAAAGACAAGGAGAACUACAUCUCCAAGCAGCUGAACCCUGUCUUUGGAAAAUCCUUCGACAUCGAGGCCACCUUCCCCGUGGAGUCCAUGCUGACAGUGGCAGUGUAUGACUGGGACUUGGUGGGGACUGAUGACCUCAUUGGAGAGACCAAGAUUGACCUGGAGAAUCGCUACUACAGCAAGCACCGAGCCACCUGUGGCGUCUCACAGACCUACUCCAUACACGGUUAUAACACCUGGCGUGACCCCAUGAAGCCUUCCCAAAUCCUGUCCAAGCUGUGCAAAGAGGGCAAGGUGGAUGGGCCACACUUUGGGCCAGGAGGAAGAGUGAAAGUAGCCAACAGGGUUUUUACUGGCCCCACAGAGAUUGAAGAUGAAAAUGGUCAGAAGAAGCAGACAGAUGAGCACCUGGCCCUGACCGCGCUGCGUCACUGGGAGGACAUCCCACGGGCGGGCUGCAGGCUGGUCCCCGAGCACGUGGAGACACGGCCCCUGCUGAACCCUGACAAGCCUGGCAUCGAGCAGGGUCGCCUGGAGAUGUGGGUGGACAUGUUCCCCAUGGACAUGCCAGCACCUGGCCCUGCCAUUGAUAUUUCUCCCAGGAAACCAAAGAAGUAUGAGCUCAGAGUGAUAGUGUGGAACACAGACGAGGUGAUCCUGGAGGACGAUGACUACUUCACCGGCGAGAAAUCCAGUGACAUUUUCGUCAGGGGGUGGCUGAAGGGUCAGCAGGAGGACAAGCAGGACACAGAUGUCCACUACCACUCACUGACUGGCGAAGGCAACUUCAACUGGCGCUACAUCUUCCCCUUCGACUACCUGAUGGCUGAGGAGAAGAUUGUCAUCUCCAAGAAGGAGUCCAUGUUCUCCUGGGAUGAGACAGAGUACAAGAUCCCAGCUCGGCUCACACUGCAGGUGUGGGAUGCUGACCACUUCUCAGCUGAUGACUUCCUUGGGGCCAUAGAGCUGGACCUGAACCGCUUCCCCCGGGGAGCCAAGACAUCCAAACAGUGCACCCUGGAGAUGGUGACCAAUGAAGCAGAGCUGCCCAUGGUCUCUAUCUUCAAGCAGAAGCGAGUGAAGGGCUGGUGGCCAUUCGUGGCCAGAGAUGAGAAUGAUGAGCUGGAGAUCACUGGGAAAGUCGAGGCUGAACUGCACCUCCUGACAGCAGAGGAGGCAGAGAAGUCUCCUGCCGGGCUGGCGCGCAACGAGCCUGAUCCGCUGGAGAAACCUAACCGCCCGGACACGUCCUUCAUCUGGUUCCUGAACCCCCUCAAGUCCAUCAAAUACCUCAUCUGCACGCGCUACAAGUGGCUCAUCAUCAAAAUCGUGCUGGCCCUCUUGCUCCUCAUCAUGGUUGCCCUCUUCCUCUACAGCAUGCCAGGCUACAUGGUCAAGAAGCUGCUGGGAGCAUGAGCUGUGGGAGCUUCCCCUAUGUCCCCAGCCCCAUGCCCUUCUCCUCCCCUCUCAGAAGUUUCAGGGGACAUCUGCUGCUGGACCUCCUCUCCUGCCUUCUUUCUCUGUGGCUCCAGUUCAUGGCUUUUAAGUCCCAGAGAAAUGGGUCUGGAGGAUGGUGUCAAUCCCACCCAGGCUGGGAUUCUCAGAGGCCUUUGCCCACUGGGACCAUGGCCAGUGCCCUCACAGGGAGCUGAGCCCCAGGGGAAGGGGAGGGAGACCUGGGGCUGCAUCGCCAGAGCCACAGAAGGCUCCUUGGAGGAACACUCCGAAACAAGGAUGAAGCAGGGAUCUGGGAUAGCUGGAAACAAAUCAGCCCCACCCACGUGGGAUUGGCACCCAGUAUCCUUCCCAACUACCAGCACGGUCCCUGCCCCACUCAUACCUCUGGAGGUCACUGUCCCUUGGUGCAGGAGCCCAUCCCACCACAGAGGUGCCCCAGCAGCCACAAUAGGCAGGCCUUGCCCUCCCUCCCCUCCCCAUGGCUCUGGCAGAGGCAGGGUAGUGUCCAUCAGCUCAAAUAUCUUCCUGCUGUUAGCACCCCAGAGGUGGUAGUGGCUGAACAGAACAUGCCUGGGGGGUUCACAGGGAGCCAAGCUGACUGGCACAGGCUGAACUCCCUGGGGCCUUCUCGAGCCUCAGCUAAUUGCCUUUGGGUUGCUAUGAACUGUGGCUGGAGUCCUUCUCAGCUCACUGCACCACACAGCUGGUGAGAGGACAUCUUCCUCAGCUUCCAGUGUGCAAGAUCCUCGUUGGAUAAGUCAGCUCCUGGGGACGCUUUUAGGAUGCUCCUGUUUGAAUCAGUAAAUAAAACUCAAGUUUUGCUUCUAAGUUCUCCA